AUGUCCAUCUCAUUCACGACGGAAUCGAACGAAGUGGCAACGCCCAUUGAGGCUGAUUCCGGACCCAACGCAAUGGACUCAACUGAACAAGAAUGGGAACUUAUUCAACAAAAGGUUGAAGACGGCCAAGCCAUCACCUUCUCCGAACUUGUCGCCCUCAGCAAUAUUCCCCCCUUUGACAUGAGGACCAUGUUAGCACCCAAGGCGCGGAUUCUCUUUGUGCAAACCUUGAUGCGAAAUCUCGAAGAUUUAGAAGCGAGGAACUACAUCACGAUCAACACUCCCUUGAAGAUUGGUGAAGACGGCAUGUGGGACGCAGAAAGCCCUCCAUCCCCGCCGGAGGAAUACCAAGCAAUGAUGAUGUACGUGCGCAUGGAUAGAGUCCCAACUCCGCAAUGGGCUAUGGAAUAUGAAGUCAGAGAACUGAAAGCAGAGCUUUCCAAUAUCCUCAAGUCCCGAGGCCCCGUGAGUCACUCAGCAUGGGCCGCUUUGGAGAGGAAGCUGGCUUCACCGGAUACAGGGACCUGCUUUGACGUCGAUUCAGUGGUGGAAAGUGCCAUGGACAGAGAAAAUGACGAUUGGAACUUGAUCCUCAGAACAAAGCCAUAUACCAUUCUGCCCCCCUCGGCGCUUGCCCUUGACGACCGGUACUUGAGAGGUGUGGUCGCCGCCAUGUUGCGUCUGUGCGGCGUUCCAGACGAGCUCGCUACACGAUAUGCGUCUCCGGAGCAGGUUGAUGCUACCAUUCGUCGAUACUUGGAGCCUCACGUGCAGAAUAGCAACUAUACCAUCAACAUCCGCCUCUUUUCAUGCUACUUGCAUCAGAGGAUGGACGCUGAGUUCAAACAGCACCGGGACUUCCAGCGAUGCCAUAUGCGAGCUAUUCGCGCUCUUGAGACGUUCCAGGCAAGGAAGUUGUUCAAUCGUCUAUAUAGAGUUGAUUAUCCGUGUUCAGAUUGGAGCGAUGAAUGA